CGUCGCCCGCGCUCACGUGAUGCGCGUUAAAUGCCCACCCUGCGGGAGCCCGCCCGCCAGACAAUCGUAAAGCCGCGCGGGGCCGCUCACCUGCUCCCGCCUCCCGGAGCCGCGACCCGGCCCCGCCAGCCAGCCCUGCCCCCUGCACUGCCCGCCCCCCGCCCGAGCGCGCGCUGGGCAAGCGGCCGAGAGAGGAUGCGGCGGACCGGAGCCGUCCCGAGCGCCGCGCGCUGACCGCCUCCCCCGGAGGAGGAGGAGGAGGAGGAGGAGGCGGCGCUAGACGGUCGCCUCGAUUCCUGUUUGCCUCCCCCCUCCCCGCCACCCCCGUAAUUACAUUGGCCGCUGGAGGGGACCGAGAGAGACGAAGGAGGCGCCUCGCGGCCCCCGCAAGCCCGCCGCCCCGGCUCUUCCCCGUCCCGGGCCAGGAUGACUGGAGUCUUUGACAGUCUGGUGGCUGAUAUGCACUCGACCCAGAUCUCGGCCUCCAGCACCUACCACCAGCACCAGCAGCCCCCGAGCGGCGGCGGCGCGGGCCCCGGCGGCGGCGGCGGCGGCGGCGGCCUCCACAAGCCCCAGGAGUCGCCCACCCUCCCAGUGUCCACCGCCACCGACAGCAGCUACUACACCAACCAGCAGCACCCGGCGGGCGGCGGCGGCGGUGGCGGCGGCGGCGCGGGGGGCUCGCCCUACGCGCACAUGGGUUCCUACCAGUACCACGCCAGCGGCCUCAGCAACGUCCCCUACAACGCCAAGGGCAGCUACGACCUGGGCUACACCGCCGCCUACACCUCCUACGCGCCCUACGGGACCGGUUCGUCCCCAGCCAACAACGAGCCGGAAAAGGAGGACCUCGAGCCUGAGAUCCGGAUAGUGAACGGGAAGCCAAAGAAAGUCCGGAAACCCCGCACCAUCUACUCCAGUUUCCAGCUGGCGGCCCUGCAGCGGCGUUUCCAAAAGACUCAGUACCUGGCGCUGCCCGAGCGAGCCGAGCUGGCGGCGUCUCUGGGCCUCACGCAGACUCAGGUCAAAAUCUGGUUCCAGAACCGCCGAUCUAAGUUCAAGAAGAUGUGGAAAAGCGGCGAGAUCCCCUCGGAGCAACACCCUGGGGCCAGCGCUUCGCCCCCGUGUGCUUCGCCGCCGGUCUCCGCGCCGGCCUCGUGGGACUUCGGCGCGCCGCAGCGCAUCGCGGGUGGCGGCGGCGGCCCGGGCAGCGGCGGCAGCGGCGCGGGCAGUUCGGGCUCCAGCCCCAGCAGCGCGGCCUCGGCUUUCCUGGGCAACUACCCUUGGUACCACCAGGCCUCGGGCUCCGCGUCACACCUGCAAGCCGCCGCGCCGCUGCUGCACCCGGCGCAGACCCCGCAGCCCCACCACCACCACCACCACGGCGGCGGGGGCGCCCCGGUGAGCGCGGGGGCGAUUUUCUAAUCCCAGGGAGACCGCGCCAGAGACUGAGAGAGCAGAGACCAGUGAUCCUCAGUGCUCGCCCCCGUCCCCAAGCGGAGGAUCCCUGCUCCAGGCCCGCCACCGCCGGCCACCUCUGCGCGGGGCUGCGGUCCGGGAUGGGCCGCCCAGGCCCUACUCCCGCGCGCGGCUGCUGCGCCCCCCCCCCAGGCUCUUCCCGGGGGAACUGGGCAGCAGCGCGGCGAAGGUCGCCCCCACGGCCGCAUUUCCGACCUGAGCCCCGGGCUCGGCCGUUUGGAGCCCCGCCUCGAACUUGCCGCACCCCCCACCCCCGCCCGGGCGAGGCCGUCCGGCGCCUUCCUCGCCCGGGGCCCUGAGCUGGGACGCGGAGAGGGCCGCCUCCCCCGCCCGCGAGGCUUCCCCGGCGCUCUGAGGCUCCUUUCUCCUCGCCCGCCCCCGGGCUCAGCUCCUGCCGGCCUCGGCCGCUGACCUCCCGGGGCCCGCCCUCCCCAGCGUGCCCCUGUGACCCGCGCGGCCCCGCCGUCCGCAGCCGUCGGAGCCCCCAACCCUCUUAGUCACCCCCCCUCCCGCGACGCCCCCUUAGCUCUCUCCUCAUCCAUCACCAGUGGAGUUUUUUUAUUUUUAUUUUUUUAAAAGUUUAGGUGCCUUUGCGGAUGACCUCAUUUUGAUGUUGGAAAAAAAUGAUUUUUUAAUAUGUGGACACUGCAAAAAAUGUGUUUAAAUUAUCUUUUUUAAAACCUAUUCAGGAUUAUUAGCCUGGACUUCGACACAGAGUUUGUAAAUAAAAGUGUCUGUGCAGAUUUUCCCACUGAUUUAUUUGUAUGAAGAUCCUCAUCUUUUCAGACAUUUUUGUAAACCCCCGGUUGUGGAAACUGCAGUUUAGCAGGGACCUCAGCAACCCCUCCGUUUUAUUUUUCACUUUGAAGAAAAACAAAAAAACUCAGUUAAAUUAAGCUACUGAUUUGGGUUUGUUUUGUCUUAUCCUAAAGUCUUUGUUCUUGAAAUGCAAGGUAUUUUGGGGUUAUUUAUUAUGAAAACAACAUGCUCUUAAUGUUGAUUUUACAAUAUGAAGAGAUUAUUUAAAUAAAUUAUUGUUUUCAUUGGA